AUGCGCGCCCGCUGUCGGACAUUGCAAAACUCAAACAGUGGACGAUACAGAGAAUGGAGGGGCAAUUCAGAAAAGAGGCUGAAAGGCGAUCGUUCCUCAACAUUUCAGGAUUCUUACCGCAUGAAGGAUCUCGAGCCCGAAAAGACAUUAGAGCAAACGCCGGAGGAAGAAACUCAGGAUCUCACCUCUACACUCGCAGAUACUCUCGAGAGGCUUGAAAAUACAGACGAAGCAACUGUUGUCUCUCCGAUAUCUGACACGGUUAUUGCUUUACCGAACCGUCAGGGUAUGACUUCGAUUCCUUCUGAGAGAAACUUGGUCCCCGACACGUCCCUUGCGGAGAAAUUGAAAGAGAUGUUUCGAAAUUCCAAAAAACUUUACGAGAUGCCUAUCCGCGGUGCGGUCUUCAGAUGCGGCGACAAGACUGUAGCAAAAGUUGUGCGCAUGAGCCACCCCGAUACUACCGGAUAUACAUCUCUGGAGUAUCUCCCACAGCACGCACCCGACUUCCCGGCACCGCGACCCUAUGGCCUCGUCACUCUUGGCCGAAGCAGUGUAAAGUCUCUGCUCAAAAUCAGCUUGAUGACAUCUUUCACAGACUCUCCCCCAGGUGGCGUGGCUACGGAGGGCGUCAAGGACCUACAUCGAGAAGAUUACAGGAGUGAUCGGGCCAUUACCACGGGCGCCGGUUUCGAAGAUUGGAAACUCGUUCUCCGAGUUCCUGACCAACCAUUACAUCGACUAUCUCCAUAG